AUGGAGGUAACACAGUUUUACCUGCAUCUUCCAAGCAAUAGCAGCCUCGAUAAGUUUCCCAACAACACAUUAACGGAGUACCAUGUUGGUUUACCUCAAACCGUUAGCUUGACGGGGGACUGGGAAGUAGCGUUAACAGAACUUCAUUAUCCUCACAGCUGGAAUAAUGUCCCAGGACAUUUUGGUAAUCGAUUCUUCCUUCGGAAUCAAGAAUUGUCCGGAGUAUGGGAGGUCCUAAUUAUACCACCGGGUCAUUAUUCUUCCAUUGAAGAUAUCUUAUCAAAGAUGAAAGGGCUGAUCGAGAAUGUAAAGCGUUUCAAUAACGAUGUAACACUUUCCUACGAUACGUUCACUAGAAAGGUGACUAUUCACCUACAAAAUAACGUAGAACUUUUCUUUGGUAACAUUGGAUACCUGCUGGGAUUUUCACCAGAAGAAAUUAUUUCUAAUACCUCUACCGCUGAAAGACAAGUGGAUUUGGAGUAUGGCUUUCACGACCUUUUCAUUUACUGUGAUCUUAUUCAGUCACAAUAUGUUGGAGAUGCAUUGGUACCUUUGCUUCGAAUUGUUCCCGUAGAAGGAAAGGUCGGGGAGCGAGUCAGUAAAUCAUUUUUGCGCCCCCAAUAUUUGCCUGUCAGCAGAAAGCAAUUUGAAACCGUCGAAGUCAAUAUAAAGCGAGACACAGGGGAGUCUGUACCAUUUGAGUGUGGGAGAGUGCUGUUAACACUUCAUUUUCGUCAAAGUGCACCUCAGUACUUUUAA